AUGGAUCUAGCGUCACUGGCCAAUUUGGCUGCUGUCUAUCCCCAAUGGUCAGAUAUAAUCUGGCGCCCACUGAAAACAAGGAUUUGGGCUUUAGAUGUGAUCAUCCAUCCGCAGAACCUUACUUUGAGGUACCAAUCGCUUAGCAAACCUGGGAAAGGUCUCUACAAAAGUGUUACUAUAGAGGAUGAGUUUGAAACGAAUUUGAGACAUUGCAAGCGAUUACCGACAGCCCCCUGGCAACGUGAACCAUUUCGUUUGAAGGAUACAACAGCUAUUGGUAUAACCCACAGUGAGUCAAAAAACUUUUCCGUAAAUGGGCAUUGGGAAGAGCUACCGAAAGCUUUUUGGAAAGCUGUGCCGUUCCACCUGAUGAAUAUUGCCCUUGUAGAUGUUGAACAGGUUAGUUACCUUUCACUGAUGAUCCACUGGGUACUGCACUGGCUUCCCUGA